UCUCUUUUUUUUUAUCUCUUCUCCUCAACUCUAUCUCUCUCUCUCUCUCUCUCUCUCUCUCUCUCGUUCUAGUGAUAACAAAACAUGCUUUCAACAACAGGGAGAAAGGAGAAGCUCUCCGUAUCCAAAGGCUCCUAUAUAGAAGUCUCAUCUGACGAACACUACCACGCCACUGGCAAUGUAUGGUACCACGCUCUUCUCCAAGAAAACCUUGCACCAUCCAAGCGCAAGAAGCUCUCUGUUCUCCACCUGAACCCUCUCUCCAACGAAGACUACUCACCUCCCCUGAUCACCACCGCUUUCCACCGUCUGAUCCGUCCCCUUCCGCCGCCUGAUCCUUUCCCCGAAGCUGGUUUUGAGGAAGGUGACAUGAUUGACGCAGCUCAUAGAGGUGGCUGGUGGUCUGGUUGGGUGAUCAAAGCUCUGGAUCAGCGUUUCUUGGUGUACCUAAGAUACGAGCCAGAUGUCAUAGAGGUUGAAAGGAAGGACAUGCGUCCACAUUGGGUUUGGAAAGAUGAAGAGUGGUUUCGUUGCCAGAAACGACUAUUGACUGAGUCAGAGCUUAGAGCUGGGACAAAGGUGGAAGUGAGAACAAAGGUGGAACCUUUUGGAGAUAUUUGGGCUCCGGCUAUAACCAUAAAGAAGAAUGAAGAUGAGACAUUGCUGGUGAAGUACGGUGAAGAAGAUGCAUGCAGAAAGAUUAACGUUCCUAACUCCAAGGUCAGGCCUUCACCACCACCUUCUUUUGGUUUAAGACGACGUUUUGGGUUGAUGGAGAAUGUGGAUGCCUUGCUUGAGUGUGGAUGGUGGUGUCCAAGUUUAGUGAGCCUGGUUCUUUGUGAAGAUAGAUACACUGUGCUUUUGGGUCGGAACAAGAAGAGUGAAGACUUUGACCACUCUCAGUUAAGACCAUCUAUGGAGUGGAGAAAUGGAGUCUGGCACACAAAAGAAAAGGUUUUGGAUAGAGAGGAGAGUCCACAUGUAACUGAAGAAACAAGUGGCUCAACUCGCAUAAGAGUAAAACUGAGGGCCACACGCUCUUCUAGUGGAAAUACUAUGCAGAAUCUUCCUCCUGUCACUGAGAGUGUAACACAGCUCCCCCAAACUCCAGUUUCAUCUGGAGAGUUAGCAAGUAAAAUGGCUAAUGUUGUGAUCGGUGAGAACACUCUGGUCACUAAGAAACCGGAGAUAGAAGAAGAGUCAGAGAAGAGAGGGAACGUGAACAAAAGGAAAAGAGGACGGCCACAUAAGUUCAUAAGCACAGAGCAGAAGACUUGUGUUGCUGCUAGUGAUCCAAUGCUCAAUGCUGUUGUGGAAAAGCACGUCGAUGUUGUGGAAACUUCUAAAGCGAAAGAUUCAACAAUGGUUCUGCCGUUUGUAAAGAAGUCACCCUGUUGGAAGGUUCUUGAAUCAAUGGAGAUCUUCAAAGCUGUGCCACAGCGUCCACAUUUCAGUCCACUGCUGGAGUGCGAGGAAGAGUCACGUGAAGGAGACGCGGUUGGUGCGAUGGUGAAGUACACUGGACUGUUAGAGAAAGUCAAUGAUAUACAAGUGGACGAUUCAGUAACGGCCAUAAACCGGAUCAAAGAGGGCUUUCUCAAGCUAGAGAAACUCGGGUUCGAUGUUACAGCACCUCGUUCUCGGAUCGAAAAGCUACUGUCUAUUAGAGAAAGCCAGACAUGGGCACUGGAAGAGUUAAAAGUUGCUGAGAGAGAGAUCACAGAGAGAGACAAUAAAAGAAGGAAGUUGGAAGAAGAUAUUGAACAAAUGACAGAGAAGAUUGUUGAGCUGCAGAAACAACUAGCAUUGCUGAAAAAGGAGAAAGUGAUGAAGGAUAAGGAGAUAGCUCGGAUGCAGUCCCGUGCAGAUGUUCUUGACCGGAAGGUUCAGAAUGUCGAGUUAGAGUUUCGGUCAACUGUGACUGCACCAUGGUACUAAUGAUAUGACUAAUAUAUCUAA